GCCCUCGUGCGUCAAUUUGGACAAAUGAGAGAGCGCAAUCUCUCUACCCGGAAAAAGGAUUUCCCUGACAUGUUCUGUUGUGAUUUUUGACACUUUUUCUGGUCGUCGCUAUGUUUUCUUGGACAUUUUUAUCUCUUGCCAGUGGAUGCUGAUAAAAUGCGUUUAUGUAUGUCCUAGUCGUUGAAUGUUGAAAGAAUUUUCUGGUCCACCCAGACCGUCCAUGGCCGACCAGCAUGAGUCCAUCGACCUCAGGUCUCCUCCUCUGGACCCAUCAGCAGCUACAGGACACAGCUGGUUCCCCGGACCCCCCCCACCCAUGUAUUCCUGCACCCUGACCCCCGAGCUGGUGCACAAGGCACGAGAGGAGCUCCAGGAGAAGCCAGAGUGGCGUCUCCGGGAUGUCCAAGCACUGAGAGACAUGAUACUGAAGGAACAGCCCAACCUCAGGACCCGGCUGGACGACGCCUUCCUGCUGCGCUUCCUGCGGGCCAGGAAGUUUGACUAUGACCGUGCCCUGCAGCUGCUGCUCAACUACCACGCCGGCCGUAAGGCUUGGCCGGAGGUGUUCCAGGACCUGAAGCCAUCCACAGUGAAACACGUCCUGGACCUGGGCUUUCUCACGGUCCUGCCACAGCCCGACCCCAACGGGAGAUACAUCCUCUGUCUCCGGCCAGGGAAAUGGAAACCAAAUGAUUAUCCAUUUGUUGACAAUGUGAGGGCCCUUUAUCUGACUCUGGAGAAGCUGAUCCAGCCGGAGGAGACGCAGGUGAACGGUAUUGUGAUCUUAGCCGACUACACCGGAGUGGGCAUGUCCCAAGCGUCCAAUCCAGGCCCGUUCCUCGCCAAAAAAGUUGUAAGCAUCCUUCAGGACGGCUUUCCAAUCAGAAUCAAGGCCGUUAACAUAAUAAACGAGCCCAUGAUCUUCAAAGGCAUCUUCGCUAUAAUAAAGCCCUUUCUGAAGGAGAAGAUGGCAGAGAGGUACAUCCUCCACGGCUCCGACCUGCGCUCCCUGCACCGGAACAUCCCCCGCUCGGUUCUGCCCGAGGAGUACGGCGGCAUCGCGGCCCAGCUGGACUUGUCUGCGUGGUCGAAAGUGCUUCUGAACUGCGAGGAGGAAUUCAUAGUGGAGUUCUGCCAGCCGGAUCCACUAGAGGGCGUGGUGCUUCCAGACGCCAUGCUGUUUGAGGGACAGCAGGACGACGACACCUUCAGGGGGCUGCGCUCGCAGCUCUACUACUGUUACUGAUGCACACACGCCCACCACUGAGACGCUUUCUGCUUCAUCUCAAACACGCGUGUAGACUUUUACAGGGCAAGUUGCAGAUAUUAUACAUGAUUUAUUUGACCAACUCAGCAGCACUACUACAGGUAGAUACAUAUAUAUAUAUAUAGGUAGGUACAGCAUUCAAUCCUGGUUCCAAGGCAGCUGCCGGCUCUGGCGAAGAGGCUUCUGACAUGCGCCUGUGCAUGUUUAGCCAUUAUUGGUGGCCCUUCUGCGUAGUUAUGUCUGGUACUUGAAGGAUAAGUUCACAUUUUUUCAAUAGUCAGGCGCCCAUAUGUACACUGAAGCAUGUCAUUAUUCCUCUUGUCCAUACUGAACGUUAAAGGAUCCCUUCCUAAUGUGCUACCAACGUAAGAGAUGGGGAACAAAAUCCACAGUCUUUGUUGUGGCAGACCUCUCGCCAUAGCACUGCUGAGGAAGGUCCGGCAACAGGAGCAUACAUUCUGGGAUAGGAG